GUCUGUGAUUUAUGCGCCACCUUCCAUUUGUCAACUUCCGGUAUAUUUUCGAAGUAUCAUUAUGGUAAUUUGAAGAUUUUAUUCGCCAGAGAAAAUUUAAAAUGUCAUUAGUGACAGACACAGAUCAAGCAUCAGGAUUCCUGGAUCAUUUACAGAAUAAGUUACGUGAGCAGGGGGACUACACAAAGGAUGAUGAUAUCACAUCAAUCCUGUCAAUGUUGGAGAGUCCACUGUUUAAACAGCUCUUAACUCUACAAGAAUCACUUCAUGAACUUAAACAGGUCACAAAAACCUACCCUGUAACAGAGAAUACAUUUGAAAUCUCUAAUUCAGGAGAAUUGAUCUUAAAUGUACCUCCUGAUGGAAUCACAAAUCCUAGUUUUAAUGAUACAACUGCUGAUACCUAUGCAGUGUCUGAUGGACCUAUUGCCAUGCCUAGUUACGAUGUGGAAUUUCAAAGGGCUGUUGAAAGAUCAGCUCAAGGAAGAGAUGUGGAAACUAUCAAGUUAUUUAAGCCAGAGAAUAGUAGCUUGGGAUUCAGUGUGGUUGGAAUGAAGAAGAAGGAUAAUGCUGAAUCGGGAAUAUUUAUACAGGAUAUACAGCCUGGUGGAAUUGCUGCAAGAGAUGGACGACUUAGAGAACAAGAUCAGAUCCUAGCUAUAGAUGGACAGCCACUAGACUUGUCACACCACGAGGCUAUCCGUAUUCUUCAGAGCGCACAGGGACUUGUGCAGUUAGUGGUAGCCAGAGGGCAAUAUCCAAACCAGCAAGGGGAUCCACCAUCUAGUCCCCACAAACAACAGUUGUCCAAUGUACAGUCGGAGGGUUCAGCCGAUAUGGUUCUGAAUACAGAAUGGACUCAAAUUGAAGUAAUUGACUUAAUAAAUGACGGAACUGGAUUAGGAUUUGGCAUUAUUGGAGGUCGUAGUACAGGAGUAGUUGUAAAGACCAUUCUACCUGGUGGUAUAGCUGAUAUUAAUGGACGUUUACACAGUGGUGAUCACCUUUUACAAAUUGGAGAUGUUAAUGUUCGUGGUAUGAGCUCAGAACAAGUUGCUCAGGUUCUACGGCAGUCUGGUAGUCAAGUUCGUCUAAUCGUGGCUCGGCCAAUUCUAGAGCCGCCUACAAUGCAGAUUCCUCAUGCUCCAAUUGUUCCAACUCAUCAGUUAGAUGAACAUUUACAUCAAAUAAAUACUUUAUUAGAUACAACAGAGACCAUUCCUGACAUGGCUGACUCCCAUCAGCAGCAGCAGCAGUUUAACCAAGGGAUGGGAAUGGAUGGAAUUGUACAAGUUCAUCAUCAUGGUUUCGAUGAUAUGUCACCUGAAUACCCAGAGAUCAAUUAUUUUGAUGUAGAGUUAUUGAAAGACAACCAACAUGGUCUUGGUAUUACAAUAGCUGGUUAUGUUGGCCGUCAGAGUGACAAUCCAGAUGAUCUGUGUGGAAUUUUUGUGAAGAGUGUGGCUGAAGGCAGUGCAGCAGGUGUAGAUGGGAGAAUACAGGUUAACGAUCAGAUUAUUCAGGUGGAUAAUCAAUCCUUACAAGGCUUCACUAACCAUCAAGCUGUGGAAGUAUUACGAAAUACUGGACAAAUGGUCCUUCUAAAACUAGCAAGAUAUCAACGUGGACCAAAAUUUGAAAAAUUACAACAGUACUUAGCACAUCCUAAUAUUAACAUACCAUAUCCCUCUAAUGGAAUAGGUCCUGUACAAGCCCCAGAGACAGCUCCACCUGUGUAUGAACCACAACAACAAGUAGAUGUGGAAGAUAUACCAGUCAUGUUCUGUGAUGAGGAUUAUACUGGGGAACUGUUACCAGAUGUGGAAGCUGCUAUUAGACAAUGUUGGGAACCUAUUAUUGGAGAAGAUUUUGAAGUUGUUGUUUCGCAACUAUCCAAAUUUCGUGAAGGAGGAGGAUUAGGUAUAAGUUUAGAAGGGACUGUUGAUGUUGAGAAUGGUGUAGAAGUCAGACCUCAUCACUAUAUAAGGUCCAUCUUACAUGAUGGUCCAGUGGGAAUAAAUGGUCGACUUAAAAGUGGAGAUGAAUUGUUAGAAUUCAGUCUUCCAGGGAAGGGUCCCUGUUGUCUUUUGGUCAACGGGAAAAGAUUGCUUGGACUUAACCACAAAGAAGUGGUUGGUAUUUUAAAGGAACUUCCUCAACAUGUGCGCCUUGUUUGUGCACGACGUGUUCAGCAACCAAACAACGAAAUCUAUGCACAACAAGAUGGACAAUUUUUUAGUUCAGAACUCAAUCCUGGUGUCAACGAAAUGGGAUUUGCAACAGAACGCCUUGUCAAAGCCAAAUCAGAAAUGGCCCUUGCGUCUGCUGUAGAUAAUAGUACUGUACAAAACUCUCUAAACAAAAUGAAAUCUCGGUCUUUAGAACCACUGUCAAACUUUGCCAUGUGGAGUAGUGAACCAGUUGUGAUAGAAUUAAAGAAAGGAGAUAAAGGUUUAGGAUUUAGUAUUUUGGAUUAUCAGGAUCCAGUAAAUCCUGGUGAAACUGUGAUAGUAAUCAAAAGUCUGGUACCUCAUGGUGUUGCUCAACAAGAUGGCCGAUUGGUUCCAGGUGACCGAUUAAUGUUUGUCAACGAGAAUAACUUGGAAAAUGCUACGCUAGAUGAAGCUGUUCAGGCAUUGAAAGGUGCACCUCAGGGAACUGUAAGAAUAGGUGUGGCCAAGCCCUUGCCAUUUCCCAGUGGUUUCCCUGGACAGAAUCAGAAUGCAACUUUACCAUUCACCCAUGCUGCAAAUUAUGAUGUUGGUUAUGGUUUCCCAAAUGCACCUUUCCCUGCAAAGCAUGCUGGGUAUCCCGCCGAAAACGUACAACGACAAAUCAUUGGGGAUGAGAACUCAUAUACUUAUGCUUCCGUUAAAAGAACUGAAUCGACUUCAACCAGUGGAAAAGAAGAUAAAUCUAAUAGAGACAGCUUUUAUGAAAGUUCUGAGGAUGAAAAACAAGUGAAAUUGAAGCCAGUUGUCUCCCCUAGAACAAAUAUUCCCCCAAAGAACAAAUAUAUAAAUUAUGAAAAUGAACAAAUUAUUGCUGAAAUCAAAUCUACACAGGUGCAUGCAGAAAAACCAGCUCAUUUACCACCAAAACCUCAUCCUAGAACUUAUAUAUCUGAUUAUCUCAAUACUUCCCCAGAAGUAACUGAGCCAAAAGAAACAGGCCAAAAACCUACUGCUGAGGCAUCUCCUCGUGCACAGUCUCCUAUUGAUUACGAAAAUACAUCACCAGUAUUGCCUUCUUAUGAAGAGGCAAUCUCAGGAGACAUAGAAUUUGGUAUGGAUGAUGCAGCAGCACCACCUGUACCUCCUAGAGAGGAGAGUAACCAGAUCAAUGAAAUCAAUGUUACUAAUGUGUUUGAACAAGUAGAAGAGAAAAUUAUUGAAUCUGAGAUUUCUUCUGAUGAGCAAUCCGUGAAAACACCAAGUAAAGAGUCGCCAUUGAUGCGAUCUCCACCCCCUAUACCACCUAAACCUGUAUCGCCCAGGAUUCGGCAAUUAAAGACAAAGGAAGCGCCUCCACCAUUACCAGUGUCAUCACCACCACCUUUAGACAUGGUCAAUAAUUCCAUUGGGAGUCCAGACCAAGCAGAUGCAGCAGGUUCUAUACCUAUACCACAUUCCUCUCCUCAGCCAAUCACAAGUGACCUUAAACAAGCAUCUCCGUCAUCAUCAUUGUCUCCAGGGAGAUCACCGAUUUCCUCGCCAAGUCUCACGAGAACACUGUCAGGGGGAGCUGAUUCAUUACCUGUAUCAUUAGAAAAACAAAUCAAAAUUAAAAAAGGAAAUGAUCAAUUAGGUCUUACAGUGGAAUCAACAGACAAAGGAAUAAAUGGAUGCCAUGUUAAAUCCAUUGCCACAAAUAGUGCUGUAGGGAAAGAUGGGAGGAUUAAGAUUGGAGAUUAUAUUGUGUCAGUUAACAACGAGAGUACCAGGAAGAUUACUAAUGCUCAAGUCAGGGCCAUCAUUAGAAGGGCCUCUUUAUUAGGAUUUGAUAUUAGUAUUACCUACAUAUCAAGUGAAGAUGCUGCUGCUUACAAGAACUCCAGAGUUGAUGACCAGUCACCUCCCCCUCCAACCAUGAUGCCUUCUCCAAAGAUCUUUCCAAAACACUAUCGUGCCAAUUUAUCACCACUGGCUAAUCCUAAGAAUGAAAUUAACAGUCCUGUUAAAAUUGAAGCUGCUGAGAAAUUUAAGACUGCUGAAGUAACUAGAAUAGGACAACAGACAUGGGGACCGCCCAGAACAGUUGAGCUAUAUCGUCAGCCAGACAAAAGUCUUGGAAUUAGUAUAGUUGGUGGUAGAGUAGAUAUGUUCCAUGUACAAGACAAGGCCAUCUCAGGUAUAUUUAUAAAGCAAGUGUUAGAGGAUAGUCCUGCUGGAAAAAAUGGAACUCUGAAAACAGGAGAUCGUAUAUUAGAGGUUGAUGGUAUAGAUUUACGGAAUGCAUCACAUGACCAAGCAGUAGAUGCCAUUAGGAACUCUGGUUCUCCAGUCAAGUUUGUGGUACAGAGUUUGUGUGAUGCAGCCUGUCCUAGAGAUUUGGAGACCGAAAUCAAACCUGUACAGUCAUAUGAUGAGUUACAGGCAGCAACAAAUACACCCUUGAUUCAGGCUUUGAGUAAACCCGACAUACCACAGAAACCAAUUUUAAACAAGCCAGAUUUACCAGAAAAACAAAUUGUGAAUAAACCUGAGAUUACACAGAACCAAGUGGAUGAUGAUGAUGAAGAGGAGGUGGAGGAGGAGGACAACGAAACAGAAGAUGAAUAUGGAUACACACACAAGAGAGUUCUCAGAAGAUAUGGUGACUUAGGAGGUGAAGUUCAUUUAGUGGACUUAACUAGAGGAGGCAAUGGGUUAGGGAUCAGUCUAGCAGGGAACAAAGAUCGUAACACAAUGAGUGUGUUCGUGGCUGGUAUCCAGCCAGAAAGUGUGGCAGCUAAAGAUGGACGUAUUGAAAUUGGAGAUGAAUUAUUAGAGGUUAAUGGGCAGGUGCUAUAUGGCAGAAGUCAUUUGAAUGCCUCGGCUAUCAUCAAAAGCGUAUCAACUAAUGUGGUAAAAAUAGUUCUAGUCAGAAGAGAAGAUAACUUAGAUCAAAUGGCAGUGAAACCUCUAAGAUCAUUUCCUCCAGGCUCCACAGAAGAUAUAUCGACAUCCCCUUCACCUCCUAAGAAGCCAGUUACCUCCCCUGAAAACAUUCCUUCUGCACUUGAUGUUGUCCAAGUAGUUUCCCUUCAAAAGGGAGUGUCUGGAUUAGGUUUUGCAAUAGUAGAAGAAAUGCGGGAUAAUCGUCAAGGCAUUUAUAUUCGCAGUAUAACACAAGGUGGUGUUGCAGCUCAGGAUGGUCAGUUAAGUGUAGGUGACCAGAUAUUAGAAGUUGGUGAUAAACAGCUCAGUGAUGUGCAUUAUGACAAGGCAAUAGAAAUUUUAAGAAAUAGUCAGGGAACAGUCCGAUUAAAAGUUAGAAAAUGUGGAGUAGACACAAUAAAUAACAGCGGAACUAGUUCACACCCACCUCCAGUCUUUCAGUUGGACAGUAUUACAGGAGAGACUUCCACAGAUCCAAUGGAAGAAACAAGUCCUCAACCAGAAACCAAUGAUCCUAAAACCUGCCCCAUCAUUCCAGGAAGAGAGACCUAUAUAGAAAUAGAGAAAGGCAGGACUGGGUUGGGAUUAAGUAUUGUUGGUGGCAAUGAUACAUUAUUGGGUGCUAUAAUUGUACAUGAAGUUUAUGAAGAUGGAGCAGCUUCCAGAGAUGGGAGGUUAUGGGCUGGUGAUCAAGUGUUAGAGGUGAACAAUGAGGAAUUGCGAGAAGCUUCACAUGAUUAUGCAAUACAGGUGCUACGUCAGACUCCUGCUACAGUGGGAAUUCUUGUCUUCCGUGACGAUAAUCAAGUCAAAGAAGAGGACAUUUAUGAUAUUUUUACAGUAGAACUCAAUAAAAAACAAGGCCGUGGAUUAGGUCUUAGUAUAGUUGGCAAACGUAAUGAUGUUGGAGUAUAUAUAUCAGACAUUGUAAAAGGUGGAGUAUCAGAAUCUGAUGGUAGACUGAUGCAAGGUGAUCAGAUAUUGGCUGUCAACGGUGAAGAUAUGCGAAAUGCAACUCAGGAAUAUGCAGCUGCUGUCUUAAAGACAUCACUAGGCAAAGUGACAUUAACUGUCGGAAGAUUAAAAGCUGGGUCUCGUGCCUCGUCUCGCAAACAGUCAAACCCAGGUGGUCUGAAAAAGUCAGAAUCUACUGCUAGCAAUAAAUCUAAAGGAGGAAGACAUUCUAAGAGUCUUCCUUCUUCAAAAAGCUAUUAAACCUGGUUAUCAUUGGUUUCAGCAAACUAAUAGUUUGUUGAUAGGACAUUUCAUUAUUUUGGCCUGUGCCCAGGAUUGACUUUACAAACAUUGAUAACAUUCCAUCUGUACAGAUGUAGAAUAUAUCUGUUAUUUUAUUGAAAACAUUGAGUCAUCACAUUUUAAAUACUUUUUAAGUUGGUUGACAAGAGGAAUUUUACAAAGUGGAACUUUUGUGAAGAUUAUAAAUUUUUAUUGUUCUAAUGAAAAAUGGAUUCCCUAUUUGCAAAUCAUUUGACAAUCCUUUUUUGUUAAAAAUAUAAGUAACUUACCUUUAUAAAGGCUAUUCUCUGCUUAAUAACUAGUUUUGCCAUUCAAAACAUGAGGUAAAUAUAGAGAUUCUGUACUAAAAAAGAUUUCUUAAAUUAUUUGAGUUCCAUUAAUUCUUGAUAAUAUUUGAUUCCAUAAUAAUUAUUAAAUAUAAAACCACAGUAAAAUUGCCCAAAAAAUUGAAUAAUGCCUGUGAAGAUGAAAUGCACAUUUACAUUUGAAAGCUCUCAUUAUUGCGCAUUUUGCCAUAAAAAAAAAAGAUUGAGACUUCUGAAUGGAGACUUACUUAUGAGAAAGAUAACUCAUGAUUGAAGAAUUGAUUUGCAAAUAGGAAUUACAGCCGUGAUAAAAACUGUUGUGAGAACAGCUUUAUUUGUGUUUGCAAUAAGCACUGUUGAUAUUUUGUGAUAAGCUUUUUUUAAUUAUUGAGAAUUCAUUUGUACAUUUAAAUUUGGAGAAAAAACACAAGUUGCAAUAUUUUGAAAAAUAUGUUUUUUUUCUGUCCAAUAAAAUACUCAAGACCAGUUAUAACCAGGGUAAUUAGCUUACAUGAGUAAGUUAUAACAGGGCAUGAAGGAGUAUAAUGCAUGUAAUUAAUGUUGCAGGCCUAACAUCUGAACUGAACCAAUUCAAAAACAGACAGAUAUAAAAGGUUUACACCUUUAAAAGUCCUGAAAUCCUGGAAAAACAUUGAAAUCUAAAAAUUUUAUUCAAGUCCUUGGAAAAGAAUGGAAAUUUUAUUGUUAAACAAUUUAUUUGAAUGGUUUUAUUUCUUUAAUUGACAAUAUAGUGUUAAACUGCAGCCAAGGGUCAUCAAAUUGUUAAAAUUUAUUUUUAAAUGUCAAAAAAGAUGAAAGAACUCAUUUGACAAGCCUUCUACAAUUUUGAAAUUUGCACAUUCUAAGUUACUACAAGUUUUGCAAAAUUUCACAUUCAGAUAUUUGAAACAGCAUAAAUUAUAUGGGAAAAAAGUCUAUUCAUUCUUUUACAAAAUACAAUGUGCAACCCACCAAUUUGAGUUUAUGACCUAUUUUGAAUUGGUUCACUUAAUAUAGUGACAUGGCGCCUUAUAAGUAUGACAGAAAAAAGAAAAUUUGACAAAAAAUUGGUUAAGCUGAAAUUGGAAAGUAGUAGUUGCACUUUGGUAAAUUGUACUUCACAAUGCAUGGUAAGCUGUGUAGAUUUUAUUAACCUUUUUUUUGUACAGGUAUUUUAUUGUUAAUAUGUUGUUAUCAGUUGAAUUUUGUUGACCCUGCCAUCAGAAUUGAUGUUUUCAAAACAAAUUUUUUGUUUGUUCCUAUGUGCUCUUGUGUGCUCCUGUUUUGCAGAAAAUGUUUGCAUUUUCCAAGUUUGGUUUUGUAUUGUUCAGAAAUAUGUACACCAUGAUUAUUUUCCCUUUAAGGCUUUGUAGUAGGUAACCUUGAGAGUUCAUUUCUUUGAGUUAAAUCACACACUUUAGAAUUACGAAAUUGAGUUUGUUAUGUAGUCAUUAUGAACAGCAUUCUAAAUUCAAAAUUUCCCAGUACUAGUAUGUCAGUUAAAAUCUCUGUUUUACUGUAUCAAUGUUAAUUAGAUUAUCCUCUCUUGUGAUGAUAGACCAUGAGCUCUUAAAUUCUGAAUUUUUCAAGAUGUAAUUUUCAUUUGCAAGUAUUUUAUAUGAAAAAUGACUCAUAUCCCCUGUUUCAAGUUUUUAAGGGAAAGUGAUUUGAACCAGUGAAGCGUUCGUAAUAGGCAGUUUCGUCAACACAUUUUAAGCUUUCAUGUGAUACCGAAUUUUCCUAGAAACUAGGAAUGCUUGACACAACCAUACCAGUGAUUUGUUAGAUAGCUUCCUAACUUCCUAAGCCUAGGCCUUUGUCCAGGAGAGAUGGGUCCUUAAUCCUAGGUCUUCCUCAAUGAAUAGUAGUAAUAGAGAAAAGUAUGUGUUUAAUUUGAAAGUUCUUGUAAUAUACUAUACUCCAUGGGCGAUCAAUGUCCUUGCCUAACCAUUUGGUUCUCACAUAGACUGUUUGAUAUACAGCUAGGAAUAAAUAAUCUAGAAAUCAAUAUAUAUUGUAUCAGGCAGUAUUAUCAGUAUAGUAAAUGCUUUCAUUUAAAAUAAAAAAACCAAUAUCAAUAAUUUUAUACAAGAUUUGCCAUAGACAUAUAUUAGAAUUAAGUAUUCAGCAAUACUCUUUCAAUAACCUGGAAUUUUUUUAAAAAAAACAUAGUACACAAUAUACAUAAAAUGUACUUUUCUAUAACCAAAAUUUUGCUUUGAUAAUUAAAGAAUUACGAUUAAAAAAAUACUGGUAUCUGCUCAAGAAAUUUUUACAUCAUAUAUUUUAUUUUGUUAAGACAGAAAAUGUAAUAGUUUUGUCUCAGUCUUCACUCUUUACUACAGACCCACCAGCCCAGGCUUGUAAAAUUGCUUUGGGCCUGUAAAAAUUUUCUCUACAUGCCAACAGAAUCCAACUAAAAUUUUCAUAAAAUUGAGCUUCUGGCCUGCGGAUUCAUAAGUUGAUCUUGAAGACUUUUGUCUGAUUUGAAACAUUUUCAUUUACACAUCCAGUAGCUUGAUGAAUAGAUGUGUGUCAUAGGAUAUGAAUUUUUUUCUUCUUUUUUUCUUUUGGUUUUUUCCUUUGAAAGGGUAAAUAAACAUCAUUAAUUUCAAGACUUUUAAUUAAACCCUUCCUUUGUUUUAAUUAAAUGGAUAAAUAGAUAGUCCCAUAGUUAUUUUUGAAAAGAAAUCUGUACAGUUUUUGAAUGUACAUGGAUUGUUUUAUGUGCAUAACCUUAUCAAAUUUACUAAAGUCUAACACAUUUCUUGAUGGAAAAGUUCACAACUUUGGCAUUGAGAGGAGCAUGGCAUUUUUUAAAUGUGCAUAGAACAUUUUGAUCAGUAUUUGAUAGACUGUUAAUUUGUAGAUUGUUUUAGUUUUUCUUUUUCAAUAGUUCUAUUUUUGGUAAUUGAAAAUGAAAGAUCUGAUUUUCAAACAAUUGUUUGAGAUAACAAAUGACAAAUGGUUACUCUGACUUCUGUGUUAAAUUAUUUUACUGUUCUUAUGUAAAUUUAUAUAGUGUUGAAUUGUGUUAUUUUUGUUUCAUUUGUUUAAAAAAGAGGAAUACACUGCUUUAUAGUGCUUACGUAAAUUGAAAGUUUAGAUAUUGGGGCAAUAAUGCAGGACAUCAAACAGACAUACAGAAAUCAAUUUUCCCCUGAAUUUAUUUCACACCAGGUCCAUUUUUCAAAAAUAAUUUCAAGCUUUAUAUAAAUUCACAGUAUCGCAGCUCCAUGUGUGUAAUUUGAGCUGAUAUCCAAAAGGAGAAUUUACCAGAUUAUAUUUCAAUGAUAAUGAUAAUAUCUAUUCCUCCACAUUCAUCAUCACACAAGCUUAUGAAAUGAAUCAUAUUAUAGGAAAAUCACAUUUACGAAUGUAUCUUUUUUUUUCAUUGAAUGCAAUGAAUAUGUUCCUACUUGUCUCAUUUUACCAUAAGUUUUUUUUAAACAGCCAAGACGGUUAAUUUUUUUCCCCUUGGUGUUAAAGUAUGGGGACUUAUGCGUAAAGCAAAAUUACUGAAUGGCAUGUAUAUGUAUAGCAGAUGGUUGAUUAACAUGAAAACAUGACAUUUCCACAAGGUUGCUUUUUACUUUUAUAUAUUUUUGUACUGUUGUUAGUUUUUUUGUUUGUAAAUAAGAUCUUUCUGUUCUUGGUUUACUUGAAAUAUAUUUUAGGGUUAUGGAAAAUGUUAAUAUAUGAUUAAAUCGGAAAAUAAAUUUUAAAAUAGA